AUGGUUGAGAAAAAAGUGAAAACUUUCGAAAUUGACCAGAAGUUGUCUUUUCAUGCUGCAGUACUCAUACAAUGUUGGUAUAGAAAAUGUAAAGCACGACUGGAGAUUCGUCGAAAGUGUGCAUGGCAAGUGAAUCAGUCAUUAGAAUAUGUUACAGAUGAGGGUGAUUCUGAAGGGUUGCAGUCCAUAUUAUCUAACUUUGCUGACCUUGAUGACGCAUCAAAUAAAUUUUUAUUGAGUAGAGAACUUUCAUUUGUUAGCGAUUUCAACUUCAACUUUGACACCUUAAACUUUCCAGUACCUGAAGAAGAUUUUCUAUCCUUCCUUGCUUGGAUAAAGUCGGAUAAGAAAAUUCCUGUCAACUUCUUCAUCUUAAUACUUAAUAAAGCUGUAGAAAUUUUACGUCAACAAGCGAAUCUUACAGAAAUUUCAUUGGAAAAAGAACAAUAUUUAACAAUAUGUGGUGAUCUCCAUGGUAAUUUAUUAGCAGCUACAAAGAUUUUUGAAGAAACUGGUUUACCAAACUGUCGAAAUCGUAUUUUAUUCAAUGGUGAUUUUGUGGAUCGAGGAGUUAAAUCUGUUGAAGUUUUAAGUUUAUUAUUAAUGGCUCUCUUAACUUAUCCGAAUGAUAUAUUUCUUAAUCGAGGAAAUCAUGAAGAUAUUGUAAUGAAUGAAAGAUAUGGAUUUGUAAAGGAGCUAUCGAAGAAAUAUCCUAAGGAUACAAAGAAUUUAAUUCAUUAUUGUGAUGAAUUAUUCUGUGCUUUACCGAUUGGAGCUAUUGUUAAUGAUAAGAUAUUUGUCUGUCAUGGUGGUAUAUCAAAGCAUACAGAUAUCAAGAAAUUGAAGUUAUUGAAUCGAUUCAAACUUUCUUCUAUCCUACAACCGUGUUUAGAUGGAGAAAACAGUGUGAACUUAGACGAUUGGCAACAGAUUUUAGAUUUAUUAUGGAGUGAUCCUCAAGAUAAGAAUGGAUGUCGAUUGAAUAGUUUUCGUGGUGCAGGAUGUUAUUUUGGUCCUGAUAUAACUGAGAAAUUUCUUAUUACAACCAAUUUCUCUAUGAUAAUUCGUUCACAUGAAUGUUGUAUAGAAGGUUGGCGUAUUUUACAUUCAGGCAAAGUGUUAACAUUAUUUUCAUCAUUUGAUUAUUUUAUAUUACACAGUAAUCAAGGUGCAUAUGCUCGUAUUACUGUUAUUGAUUCUAAUCAGACGUAUAUAACUGAUGCAAAAGCUGUUACUUCUCUCCAUUUAACAAGUGAUACAUCAAAAAACUCAUUUUCAGAAUUAUUUAAAAUCUAUAUCAGUGUAUUUAUCAUUAAUAAUUUAGAAAAUCAAUUAUCCAAUCAUAAUAAAAUUUUAGAUGAUCCAGUCAAUAUAGCAUUUGUAUGUUUAUGGCAGCGAAUAAUUCGCCAUAAAGAUAAACUUAUGGAACGUUUCAACGCUUUAGACUUCGAAAAUUCAGGCAUAAUUCUAGUAUCUGAGUGGUGUGAUAUAAUGGCUUCUGUAACACAGUUGAAACUUUCAUGGCGUUGUCUACGUUCUUUCCUUGUAAAACUGUCGUCUAAUUGUCCCGAUAAAGUUGUUUAUACUACUAUGUUUACUGGUAAUUGUGUCUUGCAUCCAGAUCUUCCGGGUGAAAAUUUGUUGGCAAAUGAAGUUUUCGAAGUGCAAUCUCACCUGUUGGCUAUCGCCCAGGCCUGUCAUUUUCAAAACAGUAACGUCAACUUUUAUGGAUUAUUGAAUAGACUAGAAUCAUUUGGAGAUAACUGGAGAAUAAUUCGAUUAAAAUGUGUUAUAUCUAAAUUGAUAGAUAAAUUCAAAAACGUCUUUAAAAUUAAAAACUCAAAUUGCUUGUGA